AUGAAGUAUGUUUUUCAAGUAAAAACAGAAUUAAAAAGACUUAUAGAAGAGGAUAUUAUUGAAGAAAGUAAUGCAAGAAUAUCAAGUUCAGCACUUUGUAUCCCAAAAAAAUGGAGAAUUACGUUUAGUCGUAGAUUACUAAACUAUUAA